GCAAGGGGGAGCCUAUCGGAUCCGAUCAACCUUGUCCGAGCAGGGGUCCGGACAGUCACUCACAGACAGUGGAGGGGCAUCAUCUUAUCCCACGAUUCGGAUGAGAUCCCAAUCGCCUUCACCAUCUCGAUCCGACCAUAACCAUCCACCAUGCCCAGCAUCCCCCUACGCCUCGCCAUCCUCGAAGCGGACACGCCCGUCCCACGCGCCAACGAACGCUACCACGGGUACCUAGGCGUCUUCAAGCACCUGUUCGAGCGCGCAGCACACCCCGUGCCGCUCGAAUCCGUCGUGCGACUGACCGGCCACGACGUCGUGCACAACCCGGCGUCGGCAUACCCCUCGCUCGAUGACGUCGACGCCAUCCUCAUCUCCGGGUCCAAGCACAACUCGUUCGACAACGACGAGUGGAUCGGCACGUUGGUCGAGUACGCGCGCAAGGCCCUGGCGCAUCCCCGGGUGCGGGUCAUCGGGGUCUGUUUCGGGCACCAGAUCGUCGCUCGGGCGAUGGGUGCACUGGUUGGCAGGAGCGAUGAGGGUUGGGAGGUCAGCGUGACGGAGACGAGGUUGACUGAGAAGGGGAAGGAGCUUUUUGGCGGGCGGGAGACUCUGAAAGUCCAGCAAAUGCACCGUGACAAGGUGUUCAGCGUCCCCGCGGGCGCGGAAUUGCUGGCUUCGACCGAGAAGUGCAUGAACCACGGGUUUCUUAUCCCCAAGCGUGUCAUCACGGUUCAGGGGCAUCCGGAGUUCACUGAGGACAUCAUGCAGGAGAUCCUCGAGCUGCGGCAUGAAAGUGGCUUGCUUACGGACGAGGUGUAUCAGAGUGGAAUGGCACGGAACGGGGAACACCAUGAUGGGAUUCUGAUGGCUCAGGUCUUCCUCAAGUUUCUGCAAGAACCAUAACAUCCAAUAUUAAUUACAUUUAGAG